CUGUUGUGACUGGACAUGAAUUCGGCGGAACAGACGGUGACAUGGUUGAUCACGCUCGGGGUGCUGGAGUCGCCGAAGAAGACCAUCUCGGAUCCCGAAGCGUUCCUGCAGAGCUCCCUGAAGGAUGGGGUGGUGCUGUGCCGGCUGCUGGAGCGGCUCAGCCCCGGGUCCACGGAGAAAAUUUACCAGGAACCGAAGAACGACGGCGAGUGUCUGAGCAACAUAAAGGAGUUUCUGAAGGGCUGCUUGUCGUUCCGUGUCGAGCCGUUUGAGGCCAGUGACCUGCUGCUGGGACUGAACUUCUCCAAGGUGCUGAGCAGUCUGGUCGCUCUGAAUAAAGUGACUGCAGAUAUCGGCGUGGGCAGCGAUUCGGUGUGUGCCCGCCACUCUUCAGCCCACCGCAUCAAGUCCUUCGAGUCGCUGUCUUCUCAGUCUUCACUGGGCCGAUCCUCCAAGCUGCUGCAGAACCAGUUUCGCAGUCUGGACAUGUCGGAGAACAGUGGACAGCAGGUGCUGGUGAAAGCGCGCUUCGACUUCCAGCAGACCAACGAGGAUGAGCUCUCCUUCGCCAAGGGGGACAUCAUCGGCGUGACUCGCCAGGAGGAUGGCGGCUGGUGGGAGGGGCUGCUCAACGGAAAGAGUGGCUGGUUUCCUAGCAACUAUGUCCGCGAGGUCAAGGGCUCUGAUAAACAAGUGUCUCCCAAGUCGGGGACCCUGAAGAGUCCCCCUAAAGGCUUUGACACUUCUGCAAUCAGCAAGACCUACUAUAACCUGGUGUUGCAAAACAUUUUGGAAACAGAGACAGAAUAUUCCAAGGAACUUCAGAGCCUCCUGACGAACUACCUGCGGCCUCUUCAGAGCAUUGACAAGCUGAGCAGCUCGGAUGUGGCUCUAAUUCUGGGAAACCUGGAGGAGAUCAGCACCUUCCAGCAGAUGCUCGUCCAAUCGCUGGAGGAGUGCACCAAGCUUCCAGAGAGUCAGCAAAGGGUGGGGGGCUUCUUUCUCAACCUCAUGCCACAGAUGAAAGCUUUGUAUAUCGGUUACUGCUCCAACCACCCCUGUGCAGUCAAUGUGCUCACCCAGUACAGUGACGUAUUGGGGGAGUUCAUGGAGGGGAGGGGGGCCGUCGUCCCUGGGAUCCUCACCCUGACCACGGGCCUCAGUAAACCCUUCAUGAGAAUCGACAAGUACCCCAACUUACUCAAAGAGCUGGAGAGGCACAUGGAGGAGACUUACCCCGACAGGCCAGACAUCCAGAAGUGCAUGGCGUCUUUCAAAAAUCUGUCUGCUCAGUGUCAGGAGGUGCGGAAGCGCAAGGAGCUGGAGCUGCAGAUUCUCACCGAGUCAAUCCGCCUGUGGGAGGGGGAUGACAUCAAGACGCUGGGCUCUGUGCUUUACAUGAGCCAGGUCUUAGUCCAGAGUCCUGGUGCCGAGGAGAAGAGUGAGCGUUACCUCAUGCUCUUCCAUCACGUCCUCCUCAUGUUGUCUGCCAGCCCCAGGAUGAGCGGCUUCAUAUUCCAGGGAAAAUUGCCCCUGACCAGUAUGACAGUGAACAAACUAGAAGACUGUGAAGCCCAUAAAAAUGCUUUUGAGCUCAAUGGAGCUUUGUUUGACCGUCUCCACGUGGCGUGCACCAACCAGCAGGACCUGCAGGACUGGGUGGAGCAUCUGAGCCGACAGAUCAAACGCACCUCAGCCACGGCGCCCAGCCACAAACCUCUCACUGUGCCCUGCCACACGCUCCCAUCUCACCCCCUCACCCCAUCCCGGCAUGCUGAGGGCAGGGCCAUGACAGUGGCCCCCACCUACCACACCCUGCCUCACCCCUCCUCCCAUGGAUCAUCUCACAGCACUAUGAUGUGGGGUCCACUGGAGCCGCCCAACACCCCGAAACCCUGGAGCCUGAGUUGCUUGAGGCCUGCACCCCCUCUAAGGCCCUCUGCCGCUCUCUGCUACAAAGAGGAUCUUAGUAAAAGCCCUAAGAGUGUGAAGAAACUUCUUCCCAAGCGCAAGCCAGAGAGAAAACAGUCUGAGGAGGAAUUUGCUUCGAGGAAAAGUACAGCUGCUCUGGAGGAAGACGCCCAGAUCCUGAAAGUUAUUGAGGCUUACUGCACCAGCGCCAAAACCAGGCAGACUCUGAACUCCACCUGGCAGGGCACUGACCUGAUGCACAACCACGUGCUGGCCGAUGUGAACCGCUCCUGCGCGGACUCAACAGGCCGCCGCAGCAGCGUGUCACGGCCCGAAUUGACCUCUGACCUGUCGGAGGACUCUGACUAUGACUCCAUCUGGACCAACCACAGUUACAGGAUGGGUUCAGUGCCGCGCAAGAGCUGCAUCUCUCACCAGAACUGAAGAAUAUACAGUACUGCCACGCUGUACUGUAAUGUAACGUACAGCACGUUUACCUCUUUUACCUUCAAUGUAUGAAAGAAAAACGUUUUUUUUAAUUGAUCUAUUUAUUUUCUAAUAUAUAUUUGUUAAUUUUUUUGUUAACUUAUUUUGUUAAUUUAUUUCGACGGUCUGUUUUGAAGAUGUUCAAAGCAUCUCCCUGUUGCCUUUGACACUUUCCCUUUUAUGUGCCUCCUCUCUUUCUGUAGUUGUCAUGCAGUAAGUGUUAGGUAAUUCUUGUUAAUUUAUCUUGAAUGUGACCACUCCCCUUGUUUGACCAUAAAUGCGACGGACUCUCGUCGCAGAGAGUGGAGAGGGAAGUUGGACGGGAAUAUAGGGGAACCAGAGACGGGGGAGAGAUGGGGACUGAGUUUUUCCUGUCUGAUAUUCAGAUGUAAUUCAGGAACGAGAGUAUUCUAUUUACCAUGUACUACUUCUCUCAAGUAUGUGACUUUAGAGUAUGAAUGCUCAAAUAUAGCACAGAUACGACACAUGCGCGUAUACACACACACAGGUUGAGGGCACAUAUGCCCCUGCUGGCUGAUAAAAUAGCACCAUGCAAAUGUAAUAUCCAAAUUCUUAACAUUUUAUAAUAUUAUUUUCAUAAUUUUUAAAGUUCUAUUCAUGUUGCCAGCCGAAAGCAGAACAAUAUUCAACAUAAUAACCAGACCACUGCUGAAUAAUCUCUGUUCUUGCCAACAUUAACAGUAUGUGACCGUCAGUCCGUUCUUUGUUGUAGCUGCUACAGAAAGAGGAGAUCAUCACAUACACUCUGGUCAAGCUUUCACUAACUAGAUCCAAGCUAACAGGCUAAGAAUGGUGCAUUUCAAGGGGCUUACUCACAUAAAAAAACAACUAAUUUUCAUUCUUAUCUCUGGUACUAUCCAAGCUGUGCACCACUAGAGUUAAGUGACAAUGGUUUUUGGUGCACUGUUAAGUUAACAUUUUAAUAAUUUGCUUUAUUGUGAAGUCUCCUAAGCAUAAUCCUCUAAAGCCUGAUCUUAAAUUCAGUAAUAUUACUGCGUCAGUGGUUCUACAGGGUUAUUUUUAGUCUUAUCAUAUCUCAAGUUACUUUUUGAAUGAAAUAUAAAGCUUCAUAGUCCAGCACAGGGCAGUGCAACACUAAUAACUGUAAACUACAACCUAAUACAGCUACAGUUAUACAAGUUGAUAUUUUUUGUUUAGAAGGGAUGUUUCUCCAAUUCAUUGAAGGAAGGAUCUGAUAUUUUCGGAACUGAGAUUAUGCUUAAUUGCUUUUCUUGCUGAGAGUUCGAGAUGAAGAUUAAUUCAACUCUCAGGUGCAGAGACGACACGCUUUAAUAUUCUAGUUAUGAGAAGUUUGCUUAGCUUAAAAUAAAGAGAAGACGAAGAGGAGCUGCUGGCUAAUUUCAAUUGAAUCUAUAUAUUAUUUGUCAUAACUAGAAGAUUAUGUUUUAGUUAUGAGAACAGUUAACCUUCAAUGGACGAGAACAGAAAACAAAGAAUAAAUUAGCCCCGCUAGCAGUUCCUCGUAUUCAAGUCUUUAUGCUAAGCAAAGUUUACAGGCCUCUGCUUAUCCAAACCAACUUCUGGUUAGC